AUGCUGAUUUCUUUAGUGCAACAAAAUCCUUGGAAGAUACCGUACCUUCCCCCAGAACUUGAAGUCGCAUCAUAUUCUGGAUCUAGUCAUGCCAUUAGACGCACGCUGUCCUGGCUACGGGCUUGCGACGAGACACAUCAAUCGUGCAAGCGCACUAAUUUACCUCUGCCGUCUCGUGUCGUCCUCAUCCAAGGACCACAGGAUAUCAGGCUUCAUGAAAGUAACGGAGAGACCGAGCCCUAUACCUGUCUAAGUCACUGCUGGGGCAAGAGACAUAUCAUUAGGACGACUACAUCUAAUCUCUCGCUCCACAAGCAGCAAAUCAGGUGGGCUCAGCUCCCUCUCACAUUCCGGCAUGCCGUGUCCUUUGCCUAUCGCCUUGGCUUAAAGUAUCUCUGGAUCGACUCGCUGUGCAUUAUCCAAGACGAUAUCGAUGACUGGCGCCGCGAAGGAAGCAAAAUGGCUCAAAUAUAUUCUGGUGCUUACAUUACACUCGCUGCUGCAGCAUCUCGAGAUUCAUCAGGUGGCUGUUUCCGUCACAGCGCCGAACGUCCUCUCUUCCGUCUCCCAUACCCGGACGAAAACGGGUCAAAGUUAGACCUCUGUGUCCGACCAAGAAUAAAGAACACCAGCUGGGUCAACGGCAGAGCGCCCUUGUUACCUCGCGGAUGGACAUUGCAAGAACGACUGCUUUCUCCCCGGGUUCUGUAUUUCGCGCACGAAGAGCUUGUCUGGGAUUGCAAGACCAAGAAUGACUGCGAAUGCUCCAUCCCACCCUGCCACGUCCCAUACUCAAACGUGUGUAGUCUUUUCUGGCUGAACAACGAGCUGCAAUUCAACAAUGGUUACCCCUACAGACGUAUCCCGUUAACAUGGCACAAGAUCGUGGAGCAAUACACUCAUCAACGCCUUACGUAUGAAAUAGAUAUCUUUCCUGCCUUGCAAGGCAUAAGCAAGAUGUUCUCCACGUAUACCAAAUCCCGCUAUCUAGCUGGUUUGUGGGAAAACACACUGAUGUUCGAUUUGUUAUGGGUAACUUAUGGCGGACCCCACUGGCGGCCCCAAACAUGGCGUGCGCCAUCCUGGUCUUGGGCUUCUGUCGCAGAUGAGGUAUAUUGGGACGGCCGGAUCGACUACCGCCUUCUCCACGCCCGCGCAACGUGCACCGCCGCAAAUAUACAGCCAGUGGGCACUGACGACUUUGGAGAAAUAGCAUCCGCCAGUCUUGCGCUGAGAGCCCGCUGUUUCUCCCGCGCAGCGCAAGAGCCAUGGCUGCCUCUAACGUAUCCACGUGGGGACAUAUUAUCGCGUGUUGAUUUAGCGUCUCCUCCUUGGGGGAAAUGCGACAACCGUCGUUGGGCCACUGUUCAUCUCGAUUGUGUGAUACCAGAAUUUGACCCGACAAGGCCGCGGAGCAAAACGCUGGGACCAGAGACGUGUGUCAAGACGGUCGUUUUGGCACAGUAUCCUUUCUCAGAAGAACGUGACAUCACUACCUUUUAUUGUCUGCUGCUACGCAAGACGGGGGAAGAGAAGCAGACUACAUACGAACGCUUUGGACAUCUGGAGGUGUCGGGGAAUCAUGCCGAUACAUAUAAUCUUCCCUUGGAUGAAGAGGAGACAUUGUACAUUGUUUGA